UGUAGCUGUGUUACUUCAGUAAUACGCGACGAAAACAGGAAAACAACAGGAUCUCAUUUUUAAGCUGACAAUUUAACCAAUAAACGGAUCAUCAGUCCUUUUUUCCUCCAAAGGAAACGUACUGGUACUUACCGUAACACCAGGUCACUCAUUCAGAGGAUUUGGCUGUGAGCUGACUUUGUUUUUUAGUUUUAAAGAUGGUGAAUGUGUUAAAAGGAGUUCUUGUGGAAUGCGAUCCUGCGAUGAAGCAGUUCCUCCUGUACUUGGAUGAGACCUCGGCUCUGGGGAAGAAGUUCAUCAUUCAGGACCUGGACGACACGCACGUUUUUAUCUUGGCUGAAGUUGUGCACAUACUGCAGGAGAAAGUCGGCGAGCUCAUGGACCAGAACUCAUUCCCCAUCACGCAGAAAUAAACUGCAUGCACUCCA